CUUCACCAUAUGGGGUGGCAAAUUACAGUUUGCGCCCCCUUCGCAACCAAGUUCAGGAAACAUCGCCCCACCUUUUUUUUCAAUGUCGCAACACAAUUCUGUUUCAAACACGGUCAAGGUGCGAAUUGGCCUUGGUGAAAUCAUGACUAAUGAAUGGUCGAGUAUGGUCGCGUUGAAAGAUUGGUGGACCAAUAUUGCCCUCAAAAGAUCUUCAAAUCGGAAAGCAAUGACCUCCCUCAUGAUGCUUAUAGCCUAGAAUGUUUGGAAAGUGCUUAACGCUAGGGUCUUCCGGAACACAUCUACCCCAACUACGAUCAUUGUUGAUAAAAUCCUUGAGGCGGCGAGGUUGUGGGUGAUUUGAGGUGCUAGGGAGCUUGGGUGUUGUUUUACUUCGCGGGUAGUGGUUUUAUUGUCGCUACUUUGUCGCUGUUGUCUGGACCCUCUUCCUCUUGUUUUUAACUGGACCCUCUUCUCCUUGAUCAAUGAAAUUGGAAAAACUUUUGCCUCGUUUCGUCAAAAAAAAAAAAUGCAGCGACCGUCUAUCCACUCCAGGUGGAGAUGGGAGGAUCUGUGAGUCCUAUUUUUAGGGUAGAGGAUCUGAUAGUACUGAUUACAGGUCAAAACGAUAGGCAGUGAGAGAGAGAGAGAGUUACUAUGCCUGAAUCUAUCUAAGCGAACGAGGAGCAAGGCUGGCCACUCCCAUUUAUGCACGAGCUCGCCUAUUUCUGAUCAAGGGUAUAUAAAUCCGGGUCUCGCCGAAAUUCAUGCGAGCACAACAGAAACGCCAGCCUCUUCUCUUGCGCCUCCCCUUCCUCUCCUCGUCCUGAUCUCCAGAGCGAGAGGGAGGGAGACCUAGAUUCUAGAUAGAAACUCCAAGCCCGGCCGUUUCGGUUAUCCAGAGACCAGAGGACAUGGCGUCAAUCUCCAGAGCGUCGUCCCUUGUCGCCAUGGCCAUCGUCGUCGUGCUCGCCUCCGUGGCCAACGCCCAGGGCCCUGCCCCGGCACCCACCGCCAGCGAUGGAACGAGCGUGGACCAAGGGAUCGCGUACGUGCUCAUGUUCGUGGCGCUCGCCCUCACCUACCUCAUCCACCCGCUGGACGCCGCCUCCGCCUACAGGCUCCUCUGAACUGGGCUCCCCCUCUUCUGUAGUAACUCGACGCCGCCGUGUGUGUAAUCAGUUCAUCCAGUUUAAUCGUUCGUUCCGAAAACCAGGAUUGUAGUCUAUGUAGUUUGUUCUUUCUUUCUAGCUUUUCAGUUGGAGAUUUGCGAGUGAGGAAAAUGAUGCCGAUUCCUUUACUUCUAGUUCUAGAGAUGUAAUGCAGUUAUUCUCUGUC